AUGAUACAAGAAGCCGCCUUGUGCAAUGCCAUGCACGCGGUGCCAUGCCUGGCGGCAUUGCUUGCCCUGGAAUGUGGCGUGGGAAGCUUGCUGGGCAGGCCGAGGACCAACUUGCCGGUCGCUUGCAAAAGCUCCCGCAGUUGCCUCCGCCCUUGGGUGCGGGUGGUUGCAGCUUGGCAGAAAGCGCGCGAGAAGAUGGAGCAGAUUCGGCAUCUGGCCUCACCAGCCCUGGAGUCCACUCUCAACAUCCCUGCGACCCACCUGAAAGCUGCUUGCGAGAUCAAGCGCCUCGUCGUGGAGCUCCAGUACGUUCUGGGCCUACUGAAGCAACACGCCAGCGAUGGCAGCCGCACUGGCGACCCCGAUCCGGAGGCGCUGGCUAAGAUGUACUACCUGGCUGGCCAGGCGCUGAAAUUACCGAACUGCGACCAUGCUGCGCAGGAGGAUCUGACAAGUGCAUUUUCUGGCAUACUGCGGCUGGUACGUUGCCUCAAGAGAUACCACCAGGCGAAGGGCACCCCUGGCAUUCGGUUUCGCGAGGCGAAGGCUGUGACGACUGGGACUCAGGCGUAUGCGCAGCCGCACCCUCACUUGGCAGAUGGUGAGGAUGAGGUGGAGGAAGUCGACGCUGCGCACCAUGGUUACGCGCACGCACGUGCGCCCAAGCGGAGGCAGCAGGCUGGAGGCAACUUGACGGGCGUGCCCGCCGAUACCUGCAGCAUCACGGAGCCCACGCGCACCCUGAGCAGUGGCAUGCCGGAGCCGCCUGAGCUUGUGCAUGAGACUGAGAUGCAGGGCGGCGAGGCCGAGACAUGGUUUCAAGUUAGCGAAUUCAGUUCGCUGGUCAAGAUCUGCGCUCUUUGCGCGGAACGCAUGCUGCCAUCACGGCACAAGGGGUGGUGCAACAAUUGCUGGGACGACUUUGACUGCGACAUCGUCGUUCUGCAAUGCAAAGACUGCGACUGGGACCUGUGCCCCAAAUGCCAAGCACACCCCGAGAGCAGAAACUUCCACCGUCGUUUGAUCCUGCUCAUGCAAGAGGCCUUUCAGUUGAGGGAGAUCGAGACGGCGAAGCUGCGUGGGUGCAUAGACCGCCUGCUGCAUGCAGAGAGGAAGGCGCCAGGGCAACUUCCUUGCAUGGGCGUGAAGCUGGCACAAGCGCUGCGGGAGCUCGAGGGAGAAGGGAAGUUGAAGGCACAGCCCUGCCUGCCUGAUCCUUGCCAUCGUGAAACCCUCAGGGGAGUGCUGGUGCGGCUGGCUAAGUAUUUCAAAGAUUUGGGGGAAGAACUCCUGAGCGACGCUGAAGAAGAAGCCUUUACGCUCUUAAGGUUUGGUGUGCUAUUCCUUUGGUACACGGACUUCUCCGCCAGCAACGAAGAAGAAGAGGGAAGACUGAACGCCGUGGCGCUAGAGAUGCUGCAAGCGAUGAUGCAAGUUGAGUGGGAUGACGUGGCCUUUCAAGUCUUCACGCACAGCAAGUGCAUUGCAGAAGCCGAGUGCAGUGAGUACUUCAGCGUUUUUGAGGAGAUCUUGACUGCAUGUCGCAAAGCGAGGCCACCUGAACACUGA